CGCGGUGACGGAGGGCCAAGUCCUUAACUCAGCAGGUCGGUCCCGGGAUCCCAUGCAUCUCAGACUCAGCUUCUGCGUCCCGCGCCUUGCUCGUCCCCACAACUCGUGGCCGGGAUCGGCGCAUUGCAGGGCUGCUCAUCCUUGGGAGGACUUCAGAACUGCAGACCCACCGGAGCGCGGUGCACCCCGGUGGGGUUGGGUGCGGGGCAGGGGGGUGCGCAGUCGUUGCCAGGUUCCGAGGACAACUUAGGAGAUGCCUUGGCGGGACCCCUGGCCCGAGCCCGGGGUGGGAGCUGGACCGUCUUCCAGGCGCCCUGUGAGAAGGUCAGGCGCGGGGUCAUUAGCAUUCUACGGACACCCAGGAAUCCGAUCCAGGAGGGGGAUGUGCCCUGAUCGCACUGUGCGAACCAUGCACCUCCGAUCUUCACUGAACCGUCUCUACCACUUGGCCAACCCAAGAAUAAAAUGGACUGGAGGGCAAAGGCAAUUCUUUGGGGGAGCAAACUUUCCUGCCUAGGAAGCAGUUUUAGAGCAAAUGAAAUGAGCAGUGAAAGCACUUCGAAAACCUGGAAAGAAAAAAAAAAAACAAACAACUGAAGUAUUUUUACGCUGAUUGAAAAAAAAAGGAGCCGAAUAAAAGUGAGAAGUCUUAAGGGUACAUUUAGCUUAAGGGGAAUUGCAGUUCUAGCAAAGCAAAGCAAUUUUAAUUGGUUUUGCAGAACAGCCACUUCGGACAUGAUCAAAGGCAUUUAAUAAGCGUCUGUUUUUACUUGGCAUUCCGCCCCAGACAGAGGCAGGGCUUUGACCCUGCCAGUGGGAUCUGUGCUUGGUUGGUUCAAUUAAAUAAGCAAUGAACAGCUCACCAGGAAAACCUGUUUAAGCUCAUUUUAAUAUUUUUGUUCAUGUACAACAUUCAGCAGCCAGCAUCGCUUCUGAACACAUUGUUUGCGGGAAUGUAUGUAGUUCAGGGAAUGCAUCUUGAGAAGAAAAUACAUUCUGGACUAACUGAUGCACGGCUUCUGGGGUUCCUGGCCACUUUUGACUUUGUUAUUGUUUUAUUUCAUAUAUUUCUCUAAAAACAUGUCCUGCUGACAUAUUUAUUCUCAACACUAAUGAAUCAGCUCAGUGUGUUGAAUUCAAAACAACCCUGCUCUCCCAGCAGAAGUUUCCAUCAUAGGAAGUUUAACCUAAUGUAACAUUCUCAUCUCAAAUUCUGUAUAUGUGGUGUACCCUAACCAAACCAGGUAGGUUUGUUUUUCAUAUGAUACCUCUCAGAGGUAAAGGCUGCAGUCUUAGGAUAUGCCCUUAUAAGUAAGAAUGUAGGGAGAGUCACAUCCUAAGCUGAGUCUAGUGUUUAUUAGCAAAUGUAAUACACAUCAUUAUCGACCCAAGGUUAAGUGUUAUUUGCAGAGCUGAAAAAGGUGAUCUCCGAAUUCAGCCUGUGUGCUCAAGAGCUUCUGACUUGGAAGGAAGAGGCUGGCAGAAGAUGAAAAGGUGCCUUAGGGAUCUGGGCUCCAAGCAAGGUGGGCUAUUAUGUUCUUCAUUUAUCCUUAAACAGUUCAUUGGCUUCUGGGGUGUUGAGAAGGUGAGAUGGAGCGGGAAAAGGAGAGGCAGCUCCUGGGACCACGACGAGAGCCACGGAGCUGCUAGGUUGUGUGCCGGGCACGGGCCAUACGCCCUGUGGCAGACAUGGGACAGUCAUCAUUAUUGGUAACUCAGAGGUGAAACUGAGUCUGCAUAGCUAUAAAGCCGUCAAGCCAAGGUUUUAACUCAGGUGUUUCUUUUUGUUUAGUUUUUGCUUGUUUCAUAUGUUAAAAGGGGUCCAGGUUGUUUUCCACUUCUUGGUAACCUCUUUCCACUGUUCUCUUUUGCUUUCACUUACUCUUUUUCACUUUCUCUUUUCCUCUCUUCAUCAAGUUUUGACUUCUUGUCCCCGUAACACAUCUUAAAACCACUAGUUCACCAACAAACAAUAUUCACGGCAUUCAUAUGAAAAACCUGUUGCUGAAAAACCUCUUAAAAAGCAACCAAGUACUCAGCCCCAAUCUCCUGAGUGAGGGUUUCCUCAUAUCAAAAUGCAGAUUUCCGUUUUCCCUUAGAAUCAAAGUGGCCGGUCAUUCCCCGCAGGCUGGGCUUUACUUCAGACUGCACUGUUAAACAAGGGUGAUCACGAUAAAGCACUUACUAAACACCCGCUUGUGCCGGGCUCGCUGCAUAUACCGUGUCUUCGGUUCCCAUGGCAGCAGGUGCAUUCUGUGCAGCAGGUUUCUGGGUGGAGCGCACCCCCGUGCAUGAGGCGGCCCAGCGAGGGGAGACCCGGCAGCUGCAGCAGCUGAUCGAGAACGGGGCCUGUGUCAACCAGGUCACUGUGGACUCCAUCACGCCCCUGCACGUGGCCAGCCUGCGGGGCCAGGCCCAGUGUGUGCAGCUGCUGCUGGCUGCCGGGGCUCAGACGCAGAGCAUCCAUCAGGAGGAGCAAGAGAGUAGCCUGCAUCUUCCCCUCCGUCCCCGGCACUGGUUUCUUCCCUCCUGCCAGGUGGACGCCCGCAACAUUGAUGGCAGCACCCCGCUCUGUGACGCCUGUGCCUCGGGCAGCGUCGAGUGUGUGAAGCUCCUGCUCUCCCACGGGGCCAAGGUCAACCCGCCCCUGUACACGGCAUCCCCGCUGCACGAGGCCUGCAUGAGCGGAAGUUCCGAGUGCGUGAGGCUUCUUAUUGACGUUGGGGCCAACCUGGAAGCUCACGACUGCCACUUUGGGACCCCACUGCACGUUGCCUGUGCCCGGGAGCAUCUGGACUGCGUCAAAGCGCUGCUCAACGCAGGCGCCAAUGUGAACGCAGCGAAGCUGCACGAGACGGCGCUGCACCACGCGGCCAAGGUGAAGAACGUGGACCUCAUCGAGAUGCUCAUCCAGUUCGGGGGCAACAUCUACGCGCGGGACAACCGGGGGCGGAAGCCGUCCGACUACACGCGGAGCAGCAGCGCCCCCGCCAAGUGCUUCGAGCACUACGAGAAGACACCUCUGACCCUGUCCCAGCUCUGCAGGGUGAGCUUGAGGAGGGCCACUGGCGUCAGAGGGCUGGAGAAAAUCGCCAAGUUGGACAUCCCUCCCCGGCUCAUCGAUUACCUUUCCUACAAUUGAGCUGCAGGCACGGGAGGCAGGGCAGGCUGGUGACACCUGGCUGCUGGCCUUCCUGAGUCCAGUGUCGGGCGGCAGGGGGCUCUGUCUGGUUUGCCUGAAGCUGUGUCAUCGCCGUGGAGAACACCGUGCCCCAAGUCCCAUCUGGCUGCCCCGCGUCAUCUUCUCUGCAGACUUCUGGAAAAUGUCUCCGAGGCACUGGGCGGACCCUGGCCAGCCCUCCUGGACUUCAGUCUGACUCCAGUGUCCUCCUGGCCGUGCACUUGUCCCUCUCCACAGACCUUCCGCAGAGGGACUCUCAGGAAAGACUCUCCCAGGAGCCCAGGGUGGGGCUGGGGGUCCAGGGCACUGCUGCUGAUUCCACUUGUCUGGGAGGCACCAUCUGAUUCCUUCAGCACCAGGCGGUCCAGAGUGUGCAGAGGGAGGAGGCCGUGCUGCAGGGGGUGGUCUGGGUCGGGUGGGUCCUGACUACAUGCCCUGGACGCUGCUGUGGGGACAGCCAGCCACUUGGAUGCUGUUUUCUGGAGCUGCAGUUGGCCCUUUCCAAGGUCCACCUGUGCCCAAAUAAACCCAUCACUCAGGGAGCUUAUAGGGGAGACUCAGGCCUUUUAUUCCCCACAACAAGCACAGUGUUUCUUGGGAAGUUCUUCUUCAGUUUUAUGUAGGGGGUAUACACGUUUAGGGGCCAUGUAGGUGCUCACACUUAGGUUUGGUUAAUGAGUCUUUAAAGCAGCAGGUAACGUGAAGGCAUCUUGGCACGUCUUCCUGGGGUCAGGAUUUCCAGUAUGAAGCCCUGUUAGGAGACUCUUUAGAGAUUAUUUUUUAUCUGUUUUGACAGUUGUCUAAUGAUUUCUUUUCCUGCUCUAAAUUUUGCACAUUCCUGGAAGCUCUGAAAUUGGCAGAAGAGGUUGCCGGCCCCCAGUGGGUACUGUCAACCACGGAGUUACGCAUUUUUGGAGCCACUCGAGGAGCAUCUGUUAUGCUUAAGGCAUCGUGUCUGUGCUUUGAACUGGGUAGGAAUCAGACUCAUCAUCGAGGCAGGGCAAGAAAAUGUUUCAUAAUCUGUAAUUCUCCAUUACAAGCCAUGAGGUAAAUGUUAUGCAGUAUGUUCAGACGGCGUCUGUCUGCUUAAGAUGCUGUAUCGUAGUUUGAAAAAGAAAAAAACAGAAACCAGGGAGUUAGACUAGAGGACUUUGUAUAAACAAUUCAGCUGUAUUUGGUGUCGGGGGAAAUGGGCGAGGUACUUGUGGACACUAUUGUGGGUCAUGCCUGAAGCCGGCGUCCCCAGAAACGUGAACUCACCAGGUGCCCCCAGAGGGCACAGGGGCAGGAGCCUGGAUGGGCCCGGGGGGCGCCAGUCGCGCUCAUGGCCAGCGGUGUCUCUCGGCAGAGCUCCUUGGGUGGGGCCCUGAUCUGGUGGAAAGUUUCGUGCUGGUGGCUGUGGGGGGUUUUUCCAGCUCCACUGUCCCGGCUGUUGACAUGGUGGUGCUUGGUUGGAUGCUGAGAUAAGAGCCCCUCCUGUUUGGCUGCAGGGGCAGAAACACGUUCUGGAUACAUCCCUGUAUCUGCACGUGCUGAUAACAAUGGCCAGGAAAGCAUGGGGUUCUGACCUUCCAUUUGUAACAGAAACUUGCCUCUAGCCGUGAGAGCAGCUGACGUUUCCCCAUGUGCGACACUCAGUGCGGAAUCCGGUCCCCACACUUGCUGCUCAAUAAAAGCUGUUGAAGAGGGUCCA